CGGGAGCGAUUUCUGAGCGGACCUGGACGCGCCGGACUAGUGAGCGGCGGCGGCGCGACGGGGCAGAAAGCGCAGCUGCUGUGCUGUUGUCCACGCCCCCUUCUCGCUCCGGAGAUAGUCUCUGCGGAAAGUCGCGUUUGUGAUUUCUGGAGAGCACCAAGCGGGACGACAGCGCUUCUGCCGGGUCGUACGGGCCAGGUGACAAAGAAACGGUUUCCUGGUGAACCAGCCCCUCACGCCUAGGCAGCCCGCAUCCCCAGGGCCUAAAGAUGCUGAGAUCUAUGUGGAAUUUUCUGAAACGUCACAAAAAGAAAUGCAUCUUCCUGGGCACGGUCCUCGGAGGAGUAUAUAUCCUGGGGAAAUAUGGACAGAAGAAAAUCAAAGAAAUGCAAGAAAGGGAGGCUGCAGAAUACAUUGCUCAAGCACGACGACAAUACCAUUUUGAAAGUAACCAAAGGACUUGCAAUAUGACAGUGCUGUCCAUGCUUCCAACACUGAGAGAGGCCUUAAUGCAGCAACUUAAUUCUGAGAGCCUGACAGCUCUGCUAAAAAACAGGCCUUCAAACAAGCUAGAAAUAUGGGAGGAUCUGAAGAUAAUAAGUUUCACAAGAAGUAUCGUGGCAGUGUACAGUACUUGUAUGUUGGUUGUUCUUUUGCGUGUCCAGUUAAACAUAAUUGGUGGAUAUAUUUACCUGGAUAAUGCAGCAGUUGGCAAAAAUGGCACUACAAUUCUUGCUCCCCCAGAUGUCCAACAGCAAUAUUUAUCAAGUAUUCAGCACCUUCUUGGAGAUGGCCUGACGGAAUUGAUCACUGUUAUUAAACAAGCUGUGCAGAAGAUUUUAGGAAGUGUUUCUCUUAAACAUUCUUUGUCCCUUUUGGACUUGGAGCAAAAACUAAAAGAAAUCAGAAAUCUCGUUGAGCAGCAUAAAUCUUCGUCUUGGAUUAAUAAAGAUGGAUCCAAAUCUUUAUUAUGCCAUUAUAUGAUGCCAGAUGAAGAAACUCCAUUAGCAGUUCAGGCCUGUGGGCUUUCCGCUCGAGACAUCACCACUAUUAAACUUCUCAAUGAAACUAGAGACAUGUUGGAAAGUCCAGAUUUUAGUACAGUUUUGAAUACCUGUUUAAACCGAGGUUUUAGUAGACUUCUAGACAAUAUGGCUGAGUUCUUUCGACCAACUGAACAGGACCUGCAACAUGGUAACUCCAUGAAUAGUCUUUCCAGUGUCAGCCUGCCUUUAGCUAAGAUAAUUCCGAUAGUAAAUGGACAGAUCCAUUCGGUUUGCAGUGAAACACCUAGUCAUUUUGUUCAGGAUCUGUUGACAAUGGAGCAAGUGAAAGACUUUGCUGCUAAUGUAUACGAAGCUUUUAGUACCCCUCAACAACUGGAGAAAUGAUUUUUCCUUCGAGAAAAACCACAGUGGGAGUCAUUUGCUUUUAAAAAUACACUGAAUAAAUCGGCUAUACCUAUGGUAAUAAUUUGUUACCAGAAUGCCUAAUAAAAAUAUAUUCUUAAUCAAAGUCUUCAUUUCAUAAUGAAA